AUUACCCUGGGCAGCCGACAAUAUGCAAGAGUUGUUGUCUUUAGUAAAGCACCUCUGCCGAAUUACCGCCCUGAUUUGGAUGAUAAGUGUCCACAAAGAGAGGUAAUCUUACCUUUUGGUGUUCAUAGAGAUGUAGAUACUCAUCUCCGCGCCCAUCUUUCACAAAAGCCUACAAAAAGGCUAGGUUUUUUUGAUGAUUCUUUGCAUAGAUCAAGUGAUGCUGGAAGUAUUCGCACCAAUGACGGGAUUUAUGAGAAGCCAGUGCCUAGGAUCCAUAAUUCUGUUGUCAAGGAGAAAAUCCUUCAGCGGAGAAGUUUGGAACUGCGUAUUAAGCAAGAAGAUUGACAGGGGUCUCCUGAAGGGCAAAGGAUGCUCGAAUUUCGUAGAAGUCUUCCUGCAUUCAAAGAGAAAGAUGCAUUUUUGAAAGUCAUUUCAGAUAAUCAGGUCAUUGUUGUCUCAGGUGAAACUGGUUGUGGUAAGACCACACAACUUCCCCAGUACAUACUAGAAUCUGAGACUGAAGCUGGACGUGGUGCUGGAUGUAACAUAAUUUGUACUCAGCCUAGAAGAAUAUCUGCUAUGUCUGUUUCUGAAAGAGUUGCAGCAGAACGUGGGGAGAAAUUGGGAGAAUCUGUUGGCUACAAAGUUCGGUUGGAGGGUAUGAAGGGAAGGGAUACUCGUCUUCUUUUUGGUACCACAGGUGUAUUAUUGAGGAGACUACUAGUGGAUAGGACUUUAAAUGGUGUAACUCAUGUUGUUGUUGAUGAAAUUCAUGAACGUGGAAUGAAUGAAGAUUUUCUUUUGAUUGUCCUGAAGGAGCUUCUUCCUCGCCGUCCUGAUUUGAGAUUAAUUUUGAUGAGUGCAACCUUAAAUGCUGAGCUUUUCUCUUCCUACUUUGAUGGUGCUCCAACUAUGCACAAUCCUGGUUUUACAUAUCCAGUCCGAGCAAGUUUUCUGGAGGAUAUUCUGGAAGUGACUGGAUAUCGGUUGAAUCGUUAUAAUCAACUUGAUGACUAUGGUCAAGAAAAAACAUGGAAAAUGCAGAAACAAGCUUUAGCUUUCCGGAAAAGAAAGAGCCAAAUUGCUUCUGCUGUUGAGGAUGUGCUAGAAGUUGCAGACUUCCACAGAUAUAGUCUACGCACUCGGGAGUCAUUGUCCUGCUGGUGCCCUGACUCACUUGGUUUUAACCUUAUUGAACAUGUGCUUUCUCACAUUGUCAAGAAUGAAAGGCCAGGUGCUGUUUUGGUUUUUAUGACUGGGUGGGAUGACAUAAACUCCUUGAAGGAUAAGCUCCAAACUCAUCCUUUGUUAGGAGAUCCCAGCCGUGUCUUUCUUCUUGCAUGUCAUGGAUCCAUGGCCAGCACUGAGCAGAGGUUGAUAUUUGAAAACCCUGAAGGUGGGGUGAGGAAAAUUGUUCUGGCAACUAACAUGGCUGAGAAUAGUAUUACCAUCAAUGAUGUUGUCUUUGUGGUUGAUUGUGGUAAAGCUAAAGAGACAUCAUAUGAUGCACUAAACAACACUCCUUGUUUACUUCCAUCUUGGAUAUCAAAAGCUGCUGCCCGGCAGAGGAGAGGAAGGGCUGGUCGUGUUCAACCUGGUGAAUGCUACCAUCUAUAUCCCAGAUGUGUUUAUGAUGCUUUUGCUGAUUAUCAAUUGCCAGAACUUUUGAGAACACCUUUGCAGUCCUUAUGUUUGCAAAUCAAAAGUUUACAACUUGGAAGCAUAUCUGAAUUCUUAGCUAGAGCUCUCCAGCCACCAGAGCCGCUAUCGGUUCAAAAUUCUGUUUAGUAUCUGAAGAACCAGGUAGAAGAACUAGUACUUUAUUGGCGCAAGUUGUCAAUGCUUCCUGUGGAGCCCAAACUCGGCAAAAUGCUCAUUCUGGGCGCUAUCUUCAACUGUUUGGAUCCCAUAAUGACUGUUGUUGCUGGUCUUAGUGUAAGGGAUCCAUUUCUGAUGCCGGCUGACAAGAAGGAUCUUGCAGAGUCUGCUAAGGCCCAGUUUUCUGCUCGUGAGUAUAGUGAUCAUCUUGCACUUGUUCGAGCUUAUGAGGGUUGGAAAGAGGCUGAAGCUCAGCAAGCUGGCUACGAGUACUGUUGGCGAAAUUUUCUUUCUUCUCAAACACUUAGGGCCAUUGAUUCCCUUCGAAAGCAAUUCUGUUACUUGCUUAAAGAUAUUGGGUUGGUUGAUCACAAUUCUGAGACCUACAGUAGAUGGAGUCAUGAGGAGCAUCUUGUCCGAGCAGUCAUCUGUGCGGGUUUGUUUCCUGGAGUAUCAUCUGUUGUGGAUGGUCACCUAAAAAUGUUGGGAGGUUAUUUGGAAUUUUUCAUGAAACCUGAAUUAGCUAACACUUACUUGCGGUUGAAGGGGGAGCUGGAGGAACUGAUACAGAAAAAACUUCUGGAUCCCGAUACACAAUUGCAUGAUGAGCUUCUUUCAGCUGUUAGAUUGGUGAUAUCUGAGGACCACUGUGAUGGCAGAUUCGUAUUUGGUCGCCGGGCCACACCUGCACCCAAAGUAAAAGAGGCAACAAACUCCAAAAGUAGUGCUGGAGUAGAGGCUGAGAAUUUUAAAAACCAGCUUCAGACAUUACUUAACAGGGCUGGACAUGAAGUGCCAACUUACAAAACAAGGCAACUGAAGAACAACCAAUUCCGUUCCACCAUCAAUUUUAAUGGCUUGGAUUUUGUUGGCCAGCCUUGCAGCAACAAGAAACAAUCAGAAAAAUCUGCUGCCGCUGAGGCUCUUCUAUGGCUGAAGGGUGAUAUGCAUUCUUCACACGAUGUUGCCAGCCAUAUGUCUGUGCUUUUGAAAAAGAGCAACAAGAAAGAUAAGAAAACUUCAUCCUAAAUGGAGCUGACUCGAAUCUACAAGAUCUCUAUCCUGGAUAGAUCAUUUUUACGUGGUUUUUCACCGAGGAAGAACAUGUUCGUUUUCAAGGCACUGGUUUCAUCUUUCCAGUCACAAUUUCGACAGUAAGUGUAUGGAGCUACUAAUGGUGAGGGAACUAGAAUCUAAAUGUUACAAAUCUGAGCCCUUGUGCCCUUUUUAAGAUCUGGGAGUCCUUGUUCUUGUAAAGGGUGAUUCCAUCCAGAAUCUACCGAGUUUCAAAGCAAAACGGAAAACAGCUCUAGAUUGGGAGGCUGAGCAGUUACCGUUCAGACUAAGGACACUAAUCUAUGCUGAUCAUGCAUUCUUCCAAUUCAUUGUUUUUGAUGUGGAAGUUGGAAGGCAUAUCUAUCCACUAUUCUUUAAAGUAUAUUGUAGCUGCUUAGGAACAGGUUUACAUUAAUCAAGUUAGCGGAUCAUCCAUUUGAAUGAAAUGUAGUAUAUGUAUUAAGGGACUUGGUACACCUACAAACGAUCUUUUACUUAUAAUUCCUUUCGUCUUUAUAUUGAAAGAUGUAGUAGUGAAGUGAGAAAUGUAAAGGGAAAAUGCAAUUCUUAUACCAUAUUAUUAAUAUAAUGACUAAUGAGGUGGCA